CAUUGCAUCACACAGCCCUGCUGUGCAAACAGCUGAGGGAGCAGCGUCCAUCUGUCCAUCUGCACAACGGCUUCCCUCAUUCUUCUCCCCCCAGCAGCCAUGGCACCAACCAGCGUCUCCACCACCCUCAUUCUCAUCCUCACAGCUCUGCUGUCUGCAGCUGCCGCUCCCCACAAACCCACAGCACCCCCGAGCCUGGCCAACACAACGAUGCCGUGGCUGCUGGGGCUGUGGCAGUACGUGGCCGGGGCUGCCCAGCUCCCCCAGCACCUCCUGGAGCUGCUGCUCAUCGAUCACGGCCACCUUCGCGUGGAGCCCAGCAGCGGGCAGGAGCUGCUCAUCACCCAGCACGUGGCAGUGGGUGGCCGAUGCCUCUCCAACAACUCCACCUCCAUCCUCCUCGGUGCCAACGGCACGGCGCUGCUCAAGGACGCCAAGACGCAGCGCAUCCUGGGGAUGGUGACAAAGCUCAGCUCUGAGGACACUCUGCUCAUCCAGCACCACGUGCACAGGGAGAGGGCGUAUUCAGCUCUGUAUCUCUAUGCCCGCAAUCGGACAGUGAGCAGCACGCAGCAGGACGAGCUGGGACAGCAUGCAGAGCACCUGGGGCUGAGCAGAGGGGCUGUGGUGUACGCGCCGUGGAGGAAGGAGCUGUGCCAACCGGGAGAAAAGGAAAGGGUGGAAGAAAGGAAGGAUGGAGGAGCGCAAGGCACGGCCCUGCCGAGCACCCCGACGGGCAGCCUGCGGCAAUAAACGCUUUGCUCAGAGCUGAGCAGGGCCUGCAAAAACGAA